CACCGCUUUCGUCACCAUUAAGGAUCCCCAUAGUUUAAACCUUGAAAUCGGUGGGGCGUGCUCCCCAUUCGUAGAUACGAAUGGAUGCUACAAAGUUGAUACCUCUCAUAAGAAAUGUAGCUGAAUCAAAAACGAUUAAACAUGCCAAACUCGUUCACCAAAAAGUAAUCACCUCAGGCCAACAGAAGAACAUUGCAAUAUGCAAAAACCUCAUUAGUCUCUUCUUCUCUUGCCAAUUAUUCCAAUCUGCUAGGCUAGUUUUUCAAUCUAUUGAAAACCCUGCAGAUAUCACAUUAUGGAACAGUUUAAUUUCAAAUUACACAAAGAAUUUCAUGUUCGAUGAAGCUCUUCAAGUCUUCGAAAAGCUCAUGCAUUUCACUCUCUUGAAACCUGAUAGUUACACAUACCCAAGUGUAUUAAAGGCCUGUAGUGGACUAGGGUUUGCAAACUUCGGUAGAACGAUCCAUACGCAUUUGGUUAAAAACGGGUUUGUGGCUGAUGUUGUUGUUACUAGUUCUUUGCUUGGGAUGUAUGCAAAAUGUGGUAUGUUUGGGUUAGCAGUCCAAGUGUUCGAUGAAAUGCCUGAGAGAGAUGUCGCUUGUUGGAAUACAGUGAUCUCUUGUUAUCAUCGUGAUGGGCAGUAUGAGAAAGCAUUGGACUUGUUUAAAAAGAUGAAAAAUGAUCAUGGGUAUGAACCUGAUUCUGUAUCAUUCACAACAGCCAUAUCCGCUUGUUCUAAGCUUUUGAAUCUUGAAACAGGUAAGGAGAUUCAUAAGGAAGCCAUGAGAAACGGUUUUGGAUCCGAUGCUUUCGUUCAAGCUGCUCUGAUCGACAUGUAUGGUAAAUGUGGUUCUUUAGAUAUGGCUCUACAAGUUUUCAACCAAAUCCCUUUCAAGAAUCUCGUUUCUUGGAACUCCAUGAUUGCAGGAUACAGCUUAAAAGGUGAUAGCAAAUCUUGCAUUCAACUUCUAUGGAAUAUGAUCACACAACAAACUAAACCAAAUUCAACAACUUUAAGCAGUUCACUAAUCGCUUGUUCCAAAUCCUCAAACUUGAACCAUGGUAAGUUCAUCCAUGGCUACAUAACACGAAACAACAUAAACCCCGAUACCUUUAUUCAUACCUCACUUGUUGACAUGUACUUCAAAUGUAACAACACUCAAUCAGCCGAAUCCAUCUUCAAGAAAAUGGCAAAAACAAAUGUUGUAGAAUGGAACUCAAUGAUUUCCGGAUACGUAUCCGUAGGCUUGUAUCUUGAAGCUCUUGAAAUCUAUAAAUCCAUGAAUACAACCCAAGUGAAACCUGAUGUGAUCACAUUUACAAGCAUAUUAGCAGCAUGUACACAACUUGGAUCACUAGAAAUCGGUAAGGAUAUUCAUAAUUCUAUCAUUUCUCACCACUUUGAAUCGAAUGAAAUGGUCAUGGGAGCUGUUCUUGAUAUGUAUGCUAAAUGUGGAGAAGUGGAAAUAGCUCAACAGGUUUUUAGUCGAUUACCUGAGAGAGAUCUUGUUUCUUGGACUACUAUGAUAACAGCUUAUGGGGCUCAUGGGGAAGCUUUUAAAUCGCUAAAACUCUUCCAAGAUAUGAAGAAACUGAAUAUAAAACCAGAUAGAGUUGUGUUUUUAGCAGUGAUUUCGGCUUGUAGCCAUGGAGGAUUGAUUGACAAAGGGUGUUAUUACUUCAACCAAAUGGUUAAUGAUUAUGGGAUCCAACCAAAAGUUGCAGAUUACUCAUGUGUAAUAGAUCUUCUUUGUCGUGGUGGAAGAGUACAUGAUGCUUAUGCUAUUCUGCAAAAGACUGAAAGCAUUAGAGAGGAUGUUGAACUGUUGAGCACAUUGUUUUCAGCAUGUAAGUUACAUGGGGAGAUAGAAUUGGGUGAGAAAAUUGCGGGUUUGCUUAUUGAUAAAGAUCCUGAUGAUCCAUCAACGUAUACUGUGUUAGCUAACAUGUAUGCUUCAACCAAGAAAUGGGAUAAAGCAAGAAAAGUGAGGAUGAAGAUGAAAGAGCUUGGAUUGAGAAAGAAUCCUGGGUGUGCUUGGAUUGAAGUUGAUAAAAAGAUUGAAGCUUUUUUGGUGGAAGACAAAUCGAUCCCUCAAGCAGGAAAGGUGUAUGAAUGUUUAUCUGUUCUUGUUGGUCAUAUGAACAUGGAUGAACUUUUGUUUUAGAGUAAUAUAUCAAAAGAUGUAAAGCUUAGGUUGCUAGUUACCAAAAUUAA